CUGACGGUAAAGUCAGACGUGUAUCUAAACGGGAAGUUCAUCCCUAAACAGCCGCUUGAUCAACAGUGGUAUGAUCGCGCUUUGUUACAGUGUGAUAAUAUACUAAUGAAUUCAAAAGAGGAUGUCAUCCGACUUAACGUUAGACUUGGAAAAUCAUCGGCAAUACCCUGCGAUGGAUAGUGAGGCAGGCAUCAUCUCCAUCGAUCAGGAGGGAGAGUGGGACUUAAGCCUGUUCGAUGAGCUGGAGAAACUAGGCGAUGAGCUGCGGGAUGCAGAUGAGCUGCUUGAGGCUCUUGAUAAUGCUGGCUAUGCCAAUGGUGUUCCAGUUCUGGACUUUGACAUCGACAUUCCUCCAUGGAAUGAAAUGGAUACAUGCAGCAUUUCCACAGAUGGUGAGGUGAGCGUGGACUCUCUGUCACCUGCCCACACUCUGAGCUCGGUGCCCUCUCCUGCCUCAGUGGAAGCUUUGUCUCCGUGUUCCUUGCAGGAUGAGGCCCUGUCUCCACAAUCGCAGCCGUCUCCUCUUUCAGUCUGCUCAGAGUCCAGUGGCUUUUCUGAAAUCUCUUCCCCACCUCGAAAAGCUGCAAAGAGGACCAAUCAGGUUGUACGAGCCAAGCCAGUGCAGCCGGUCAAGAAGCCGAUUCAGAUUGGCCCAAAGGUUUCCAUCCAGCCCAAACCACUGAUUACAGCUGUGCCAUUGGCUCAAGCAGCAGCUCCCAUGCAGGCCAAGACAAUCAUCAUCCAGCCCCUGCAGACCACUGUGCUCCCUGUGGUAAAACCAGCUCCAGUCAACAUCAAACCAGCACCCCCUGCAGGUCACCCUCUUUUGCUGUCUCAGCCAAGCCAGCUACUGCAGAUCCAAACACCACAGGCCAUCUCUGGGAGCGUGGUCACCAUGCCAGCACUCAGCCAGGACUGGUCUGUACCCGUCGCUGCUCCACCAGUGGUUUCGGGCACACUUUUGACCCCAUCCUCAGAGGAUGAUUCCAAGUUGUCCCAGAGACAGCAGCGCAUGAUAAAAAACCGCGAGUCAGCAUCCCUGUCUCGGAAAAAGAAGAAAGAGUAUUUGCUUUCGCUGGAAGCUCGCCUGAAGGUGGCGCUGUCUGAGAACGAGGUGCUCAAGAAUGAGAACGGCAACCUAAAGAAACAGCUGGAGGGCCUUCUGAGCAAGAACACAGCGCUGAAAGCAACAGCACCCAAAAGGAGAGCGGUGUGCCUCAUGGUGGUCGUGGUGUUCCUCGUUCUUAAUGUUGCACCAAUGAGAUCUGAAGAUAAAGCCCUGAUGGUGGUAAAGGAUCCCAUCUUUGUCAGACCAUCUCCGCCCUGCCAGCCUUCUGUCAACAGGACCAAGUGCAUUGAGCUGGCCCAUGAGUUGAGGGGUUGGGUCCACCGUCACGAAGUUCAGCAGACCAAAUCGAGACGAGAGAAUAACAGCAACCACAAACCCACCAGGACGAUUCUGAAAACAGGAAAUAAGGAGGAUGAAGGCAGCCAGAUUGUGACGGUUCAAUACACAGAAACUACUGCGGAAAAGAGUCCUGGCAGUGAGCUGCAGGUGUACUACGCCCCUCGUCACACGUACACCGACUUCUUUGAUGAGCUGAACCGCCGCGGCGACACCUUCUAUGUCGUGUCUUUCCGUAGGGAUCAUCUCCUACUUCCUGCCACCAGCCACAAUAAAGGAAGUCCACCCAAGAUGUCUGUCGUGUUGCCAGCCAUGAACAUAAAUGACAGCAUUAUAAGGGACAAAGACUUUGAGGUGAUGAUGCAGAUUGACUGUGUAGUAACAGACACCAGGAUCCUCCACAUCAGAUCUUCCAGCAUCCCGCCUCUGCUCCGGGUGAACCGCUCUGACACGUUUUACCAGAACUCCCCAGCAGAGAACAAGGUUGCGCCUCCUGUCGGCGUGCUAAUGGGGUCUGCGUAAGAUCAUCAGCGACUCCUGCGUUCUUUACACCUCCUCAUUAAAACUCAUAAACGGAAGCACAAGAUAACACCUCAGUUAAUAAUUUUUCUCAUUUUUAUUUGCAUGAAUGUGCUCUGCAGAAAACUAGUCAUUGGGGGUUACAGAGGAAGCUCAAUUUGUCCUCACCGUUCAGCCCGUUCAGGAGCUGGACUGUAAUAGGGUCCAAGCAGCAGCAGACUAGCUCCUUGUGUGGCAACACUGACUUACCCGUGUAACCCCAGACGCUUUAUGUAAGGGUAAUUGUUUAGCGGCAGGGGGCAGAGCAUUGAACCUUGAGUUACCCCAUCAUAACACAAAUACUUUUACCCCUUACAGCUUACUUUCAGUCGGCUCUUUUUUUCUGCACAAGCUCC